ACUAAGCGGCGUGGUUUGCAUCAUAUACGCAGAUUACACCUUAUACCAAAUAUUAGUAGUAUGAACAAUCGUGAAAGCAUCGACUUCUUAGUAUAGUAUAUUGAUAUCCUAUAGUUCGUAGCAUAUCGAGAAUUAAUAGUCAUAUUUUCAAAAUGCCGUUGUGUAAAGUGUCAUUGCCACUGGCUAUAGGCGUUGUCCAUCCUAAUAUUGGUGGAUGGCUUGGUGCUUAUUGCGUAAAAAAAAAUCUACAUCCAUGGUAUUCGUCUUUGAAAAAACCAUCUUGGACACCUCCAAACUAUGUGUUUGGACCAGUAUGGACAACAAUAUAUAGUACAAUGGGUUACUCUUCGUACUUAGUAUGGCGAGAUGCUGGAGGAUUCAAAGAAGCAGCCCUGCCACUUUCAAUAUAUGGUGUUAAUUUAAUUAUGAAUUGGGCUUGGACACCUAUCUUUUUUGGGGGACAUCAUAUUAAAUUGGCUUUAUACGAAAUAACUCUAGUAUGGGGAACGUCAGCAGCAAUGGCAGUAGCCUUUUAUCAAGUGAAUCCACUUGCUGGAUUAUUAAUUAUUCCUUACUUUGCAUGGUGUACCCUUGCGACAGCAUUAAAUUAUGUAAUUUAUAGGGAUAACCCGCAAAGUUCAUUGGAAGAUAAGAAGGAAUGAAAGAUAAAAAUUUAAGAAUGCAGGAAAUAGCUUGUUGGCAAACUGUUAAAAGAAAAAAAGAGAAAAAAAAAAGAAAAAAAAAGAAAAAGAAAAAAUAUGUAGUAAUAUUGGCUUAAAGGAUGCAUAUGGCAUUCUAUUUUUUUACAAUUGUUAUAUCACUGCUCUUUAGUAAAUAUGUGCUUUGCAUAAAACGCACAAUGCUGUUGUUAGUAUACACAUGUUUAUUAAUUGAUAUGAAAUAAAGAUUAGUUAAUCAACCAUA